GUCCAAUGUCUUCCCCCCUUAUCAAGCAGUUGUGCAUUAUUUUAGUUAUAUGGAGCGUCGAAGGCACCCCCACAUUCAAUGUAGACCAAAUCCGGCGCCGAUGUUAAGGUCCUGCAGUAGCUCUACCCUCGAACGAGCUAUGGGCAGCCCUUCCAGAAACAGCUUACAAAAGAACGUCCCCUGUGAUGAGUUUGUCGUGUACCGCCGGGAGCCGUAUCCGGACGACUGCGAGCCCCAGUACACCGUGUACCAGAGGGAGGAUGACUGGAAACCAUGCAGGAGCCCUUACCCCAGAAGGACCCCGGAGAUCUGCCCGCCUCCGUGUGAGAACCUCCCCAAUUUCGCGUGCCCCGGCUGCCAGUGUGUGAUGGUUAGCCAGAAAAAAAAUCAGAUGUUUGAUGGUAGGCGAUUUUUUAAAGAAUAGGGAUGGUAUGGAAUUUUAAGAUGGUUGAUGGCAGGCGAAUCUAGUAUAUUUGAUGGCUGCUGAAACUAAAAUAUUAGACGGUAGAUGAAUCUAAGAUAUUAGAUUGUAGGUGAAUCUUGGAUAUUAUAUGGUAGGUGAAUCUAGGAAAUUAGAUGGUAGGUGAAUCUAAGAUGCUUAAAUCAUUGAUAAACACUUUUGUUAGUAUUUAAAUUAAUAGAUAUCUGAUUGAGUGGUAGUUAAUUGAACCCUUAUUUUAUGGUAUUAAAACCUACAUAUUUUUAAUUUGAUAUGUGGUGAUAGGUAAAUGUAUUAAUAUUUGAUGGUCGGCAAUUACAACAGAAUGAUAUUUAAUGGUAGAUAAAUAAAUUGUUAUUUAAGGGUAGGUAAUAAAAAAUAUAUUUUUGGGGAGGUGACAAGAUAUAUAGUUUAAGGAAGGAAUAAAAUAUAUAUUGGGAGGUGGGUAAUAAAUAGAUAUUUGAGGGUGAUAAUAAAAUGAAUAUUUGAAGUGAAGUUAUAGAAUAUAUAUUUGAGGGUAGGUAUUAAAAUAUAUAUUUUAAAUGAGGUAAUAAAAUAGUAUUUGAGGGUAGGUGAUAAACUAGAUAUUUGAGGGUAGGUAAUCCAAAGAUCUGAAGGAAAACGUUAAUUUCUUUUCAUCCCAUCAGAUUUGAGGAACAAUAAUUUCUUCGCUUGCGUGGGAAACAUUCUGACCUUCAUGGUGGCCUUCUUCUUCUUCCUGUCAGUGUUAGGUAAGUAGAUGAACAAUGCACGCACAAAAACCCAGCAUAGAGACUUCCAUGAUGUAUGGAACCUGUCUAUUACUCUAUCUAAAUAAGGGUCUCAGGCUUAACACAAACCAUAUUAGGGGCCUUCGGGUAUCACAACCGAAUGAAGGGCCCAUCCGUAUGACGUCAACAUCAUGGGCCCAUGCGUAAAGCAUUCGCAAUUGGGCCUUAUUAACAACACAUCAGUUGUUAUAAAAAUAUUUAAAUAAUCUGCAGCUGUCUGCGACUGUCUUCGGCUAUCUCCUGCUGUAUGCGGCUGUCUUAUGGCUGUAUGCCACUGUCUGUGGCUGUCUGCGACUGUCUGCCGCUGUCUCAGGCUGUCUGUGACUGUCUCCAGUUGUAUGUGGCUGUAUGCCACUGUCUCCGGCUGUCUGCGGCUGUCUGUAGUGGUAUGCCGCUGUAUGCGGCUGUAUGGGGCUGUCUGCGACUGCCAUAAUAUCUUAUUAUCAGUUUUAAUCUAUAAAAAUGGCCCCUUAAUCAAAAUAACAUGUUGCUGUAGCCUAGAUAUUAUAUCGACAUUACGGCUAUGUGUAACAUAAACAACACAAAGUUCAUAUAACGACAUAAUGAUCUUAGAGAUAAUGCCUGUUUACAACCACAUCAAGAUCCUUGACAUCACAUCAACAUGCUGGCAGCCAUUCAUGUAAAAAAUAUGAAAGCAAAAACUAUGCAUAUCCCCCCCCCCCCCCCAACCUUUUCCACACACACAUAGGCACCUAGUUUCUGAAUAAGUUACCACAGUACUUUUGUCUCUGGUUAAAUACCCAACAAUCAGUUAAUCGCAAGUGUGAAAAGGUUGGCCACCGUUUAUGGGUGGGGGGCAGGGGGGGGGCACCCUUACUACUUGUUUUAAAAUAAAAAUGUUUUGUUUUAUCCUUUAUUUUUCUUUCUAACCCCUCAGAAUACAUCGUAUACCAUGAAAUGGGGGACCACCCUGAACCAGGUAAGCCGCGCAACUAAUAAAGAUCUUAUAUGAGGAAGGUUAAUGGAUUAUGGUUAUUUCUAAAAAUAAGAAAGCACACAAAUUAGACCAUAUCGGCAUUUGUGAACUAAAGAAAAAAAAAACAAAAAAGAAAAAUAAACAAAAAAAGCGACGAAACUCAUGACAAAAACUUAUUGCGUGAAGAAUUAUUUUUUUUCAAAACCAAAUGAAUUGAGUUUGCAUAGAAUCAAUCUCAAAGCGUUUGUAAGCAAUCAAUAUAAUUAAAAACUGUUUUAACUAAAAUGAGAUUAUGUUUAAAAACAAAAAAAAAUCUAUCUGGACGUCAUUAUGUGAGAACUUGAAAAUGAAAAGCUUUACAGCAGCGUUUAUCAACUUGUGAAUCGAACGACCCUAACACAGUGGUCGCCUCAGGCAGUGUUCGGCAAACUCAGUCAAAACAGCCAAAAAUUAGUAGCAGGACGAGUGUUACGCACUGACUUGUAUUGGGAGAAAUUAAUCUCCUAUUUUAAUUUUAAUUGGCUCGUUGUAAACAGUGCCUAACAAAGGACGAUACCAUAUAAUCAACAAUAUUAAAGAUACGACCCAAAACAGUUUCUAGUUACAAUUAAUUAAGAUUUAUUAUGUCUUAAGAUAAUUACAAAAUAAAAUAAAAUAAAAUUACAAUCUUCAACUUACAGUAUGGCAGAUGUCGUACCGGUACACAGUUAAUACAAUUAGAAAUAAUGAUGCCAAUAAAUAAUGCGAAAUAAACACAUAAGUAGGAGCACACAAAUACACAAAAGAAUAAAACACGCCUCGUAAUGUUAAGAGAAUCUAUAUGAAAUCUCCGUCCCUCCUCCGUGCCUGUCAAUCCCUUAUAUAGGUGGGUCUACCGACGCCCAAGCCCUGCCUUCGAGACAUUUCGAGAAAAAUCCCAAUCAUUCUACCAAAUACUAUUUGGAACAGAUUAAUUAUUUUCAGUGGCUGGCGGUGUAAACAAGAAAUACAUCAAAGACCUAAGCCACACCCCUUUGUGAACACAGCGUCUCAUGCGGGGUCAAUCAGAGGGCACGCACGAGAAAAUAUGAUGUAAACAGGCUCUCUAUAACAACGAGUAAUAAAAUUUUGAGAGCCAAAUUUCUGUUCUAGAACCAUGUUUUUCUGAGUCAAAGCCGAUAUGCGGCCGACUGCCCGAGCCGCACUCAGGUCGUUAAAGAAUAGCAUGCGGCUCGCGAACCGCGAUUUGCCGACCACUGGCCUAAGGCCAUCGGGAAGGAGCAGCGAAAAUAGUUUUAUGGUUGGGGAGGGGGGGAGGUGUCACCACAACAUGAGGGAACUGUCUUAAAGGAACUGUCUUUUUUAUUUAUUUCACAACACUGCAGGCCCAGAGAACCGAGGCAGAAGUUUCCAUAAGGACCAGCCGUCACCCGAGCGUAAAGGAAAAGAGGAAGUACAGUCAGAGUUCGUCCCCGAACGGGAUCGCAAAAUUCAAGUGAAACCGGAAACUAAGACGAAACCGAAAGUAGAGUCUAGAAGCAAAGCUUAAUUUCGCCCGC